AUGGAAAGCUCGCUUCGCAGCAUUCUCCAUCCAAGUGAGAUCGAUUUUGAUCCUUCGGCCCAAUCUCGUGUUAACGAACCAAUAGCCGAGGAGCUCCAGGCUGUUGACGGCACAUCACUUGAGGCCCCAGAUGAUACACCAUCGUCAAAGAAACGUGCUGCCACGCGGAUCAAAUCGUCAUACCCGCGUAAGAGAGCUAUCCAGGCUUGUCAGAAAUGCAGAGUUCGAAGAACAAAAUGCAACAAUGAACGACCAUCUUGCUCUGCUUGUCUCAACAUCGGCGCUGAAUGUACCUAUACAGAAGGAGAUCACUCAAGUUUCGACUCGGCAAGCUUGGCUAUCCUGGACAAGCUAAACACGAUUGAAGAGCUUUUGCGGACGCCGAAUGGCCAUGGACAAAAUCGAUCGGCCACCUUAAGUGACGUUGGAGAUGAGACGAGAACGCUAUCAAAGCUCAAAAGUCUGAACUCUCCAAGUCUUGAGAGAACCAAGGAUCCAACGCCAUCCCACAUGAACAUCGAAGGUGUCCUUGCAUGGCAUGUGUUCGAUGACCUACAUCCCGACCUUGACCUCAAAGGGCUUUUGAAUGCUACCGACCACGGUGCUCCACCAACGGUGCCUAUGGUCACCGAAUUCGACGAACAUUUUGCCGAGGAGGAUCUAGUGGAAAGCUUCAUGAACAAUGUGUUCAUCUACAAUCCCGUACUGGAAGAAGCUAAAAUUCAACGGUAUAUGCGCGACGCUCGAUUCAAUGGAAUAGGGUGGGAUGCGCAGUCCUGCCUGCUCUUAUUGAUAUACGCACAUGGUUCGGUCGUGAGAGCUUUCGACAGCACCCACCAACCAGAUGCCACAUCUUUCAGAACAUCGCCCCAGUUCAAGCAAGCCCAGUCGUACUUCACCGCUGCCCAGAAACGAAUGGGCCUGCUAUUGUGUCGCACAGGGGUGUUGGAGGCACAAUGCUUCUUCCUUGCUGGCGUAUACCUGAUGGCUACUCUGAGACCGUUAGAGGCAUGGAAGAUGUUUGUACAAGCCCUUGCCUGUUGUCAGGCAUUUUACACCAGCAAGUCUUCACCAAGGGGGGACCAAGAAGGAGAACAGCGACUUCGAGAAAGUAUCUAUUGGACAUGCUUCAAGUCCGAACUUGAACUGCGACUCGAGUUGAACGUGUCUGAAACAUCAGUGUGGGACUUAACUUACCCUGCCUUCUUCCCUUCCCCGCCGGAAGGACUUCGAUCACAACGAGAGAUCGUGUGGUACUUUUACCUGGCGGAAAUUGCCCUUCGUCGACUCGGCAAUCGUAUUCUCAACCACAACUACGAUAGCAAAACUUCGAGUUCAUUAUCGAGUAUGGCAGAGAUUGUGCUCGGGUUUGAACAGCAGGCGGCAGAUUGGAUCAGGUCCCUCCCACAAUCACUACACCUCGAUGCUCCAUCAAUUGGCGAGGAGAGUGAGCUGCACCACUCACUGAAGUUCAUCCUCAAGGGUCAUUUGCUCGACUGCUAUGAAAUGAUGUACUGGCCCUUUAUUGUGGCGGCCAUCAACCCCGAUAAUCCAGAGCGCCCAAAUCCACUGCCGAAAUCAACCAUGGAAGGUUUGGUGCGGAAGGCGCUUGUCGUCUGCGUUGAGCGAGUGGAGAAGAACGAGCAAGGUUUCUAUUACCGCCAUCACGGCACAUGGUUAAUGCUUAGGUCAUGUAGCAGAAGCGCAUUCAUCCUGCUCGCAGCUGCGAGGACCCAGAAGCUAACGCUCAUGAUGCCAGAUCGUUGGCGUCAGGCUGUUGAAAAAGUCAUCGAAAUGUUAAGGUUCUGGAGAAGAGAGAGCAGAGAUUUGGAGGACCGACUUCAGCUAAUCGAGCUCCUUUUGCGUCAGCUCACUUUUACUGACUGAUGAUACCUUGCAAAGCAUGUCACACUGGAGAUUUGCUCGUAAGUCUGUAUUGGUAAGUCGGUAAAAGAUUGCAUCUGGGGCAGGGUCGUCC